UAAUUCUAGGCCAAUACUUUAGAUACAGAGUAAUAAUAUACAUAGAAUACAGAGAGAUAUGAAAAGACAACGAGAUCAUCAAGUAAUAAUGGAUAGUAAUAGCAUUGACUUGGCACAAUGUCUAAUGCUACUUUCUCAUCAAAACCCUAAAGAUCAAAGCAAAGUCCACCAUUAUCAUCGUCACCAGAAACAUUUUCACCCAACGGAAUUUGAGUGUAGCAUAUGCAACCGCAAAUUCUCUUCAUUUCAAGCCCUUGGUGGUCACAAAGCUAGCCACAAGAAACAAAAGAUGGAGAAGAAUAACAAAGAAGAAGCCACAACUACUCUCAGCUUAGGAGUAGGGAACAAUAAUAAUGUUUUUGUUAACAAACCCAAUAAAAUGCAUGAGUGUUCAAUUUGUGGUCAAAGAUUCUCUCAAGGGCAAGCACUUGGAGGGCACAUGAGAAAGCAUAGACUACUUGCCAAUCAAGAAACGUUUCUAAUUCCUUCUAUAAACGACGUCGUCCUGGGAAAAAUCCCACCAGUUCUAAAGAGAUCUAAUAGCUUCAGGGUUAUGAGUUUGGAUUUGAACCUAACACCUCUGCAGAAUGAUUUGAACGUAUUGUUUGGAAACAUGGCACCAAAAGUUGAUCCAAGCUGGGUUUGACUCUUAAUUUAUUUCUUGCAAUUAGCAAUUAACUUUGUCAA